GAUCGGGGGUAUAUGCAAAUAUUUUUCCAACCCCCGCGGAAAACUGAGACCCCUCUUUCCCACCUCGCCUUUCGGGCGUCUACCCGUAUACCAUAGAGCCGUUCCCCCUUUUCCUCCUCGUCGGUUUUUUUCGCUUUUUAUCGCGCGCUUUUCAUGCCGCUUUCUUCCUUUUUUUUCUUUCUCUUUAUCUUCAUGGGUAUGCAGAAGAAAGAAGAAGAAAAAAAAGAACGAAAGCGAGAGUCGGUAAUCGUGACGUGCUCUUCUUUUUUUAUUUAUAUCGGGUCCCGCCUUAUUCCUGCGCACAUCUUCCUCUUUGCUUCCUCCUCCCGCUUUUGCUCGCGUCACGUUUCCGGAUACACGCGCUCUUGGAGGCAGGCCCGAUGGUUUUCAUUGCAGUGUUAUCCAUUGUGCAUUGUGCGUCUUGAAUGCGCGAUGAAUGUGAGCAGUGAUGCUGGAAAAUCUAAGCUAUUCUCGCAAGAGAUAAGGAACCGGUCAAUUUCCGAAUGAUAAUCAUUAUUCACUACAGGCGCUUGUGAUUCUCGAAAACAUGACUAUGCCAUUUUACGUAUGUUUUUAUUAGCUUUAUCUUAUCAAAUAUCAGUUUCUUUUAUAAUAAUAAUAAUAAUAAUAAUAUUUUAUUAAACGGGAAAAACCCUCUAGUAUACAGUAGAUUACAAGAGAAAAUGAAAAAAAAGACGAAUUUAUGUUUUCCAAUGAUCUGAUCCAUCACAUUUUACAACAAAGUAUGAUAAAGACAAGUGUAAAACAUACUGAUAUAAAUAUCGCUCUUUUUCUCUCUCUUACUAAUGGAAAAGUUAAUAUGCGCUAUGUAAAACAUACGUCGAUUUUCAAGGUUGAGAGGAGCGAAGAAGAAAAGAAGUUGAAAUGGGAAACCAGGACAACGUGGCGCGCGUCAGGAUCGCAGGCGGAUACGAAGAAAUCCUCGGAAAGUGUCGACUGAAAGAGUGGCUGUUUUAGAAACGCCACGAAGUGCCAGGAGUCGUCGACAUGGCACAAUGAGAGAGAAAGAGAUCCUCAGACGACAGACAAUUUCGCUGCCGAGUUUACGGAAUCCGGCAAAGAAUCCGCUGCACUGCACCGAUCAAAUGUACAAGCGUGAUCGAGUUCAUCACAACUUCUCCAAGAAACUAUGGAAUCAUCUGACAAAGAAGAUUGAUGCCCUUCAGAAGUUACGUUACAUAAUUCAGCGGAAGCAGCCAAGUUGCAAGACGGAAUACAGCGGAGUUCAUAAUCGCGUGGAACAUUGCUCCCGCCAUGAUUAAUCUCUACCUCAUCGCGCGCGAGAGAUGGA